AAUUACUAAGUACGAACCUAUCCCGAUUCGGCCACCCACUCUCCGAUGGUCCGCCACCCCCUCUCCUGCGUCGAGUCGUCUGGCCUCCGUCCAGACUCUGGCAAAUCGCUCUAAAUAAUAUUGAUUUCUUCAUGAAUGGGUGUGACCACAGUCUCGAACAAAUAAGUGAUACAGAGAGGCUUCAGGGUUUGUUUCUUUUACAAAACCAAUUCAAAUUUGAAUUUAGAUAACCACAAAGCCAUAACUAUGUCUGGGUUGGAGGAAUUGAGAAAAAAACUUGCACCAUUAUUUGAUGCUGAGAAGGGCUUUUCGACAGGUUCGACCUUGGAUCCGUGUGAUUCGUACACAUUAUCAGAUGGUGGAACUGUUAACUUGUUGAGCAGAUCAUAUGGAGUGUACAAUAUCAACGAGCUUGGACUGCAGAAGUGCACAUCUCGAUCUAUAGAUGAAACUGAUCACAGUGAGAAAACGUAUAGAUGCGCUUCCCAAGAGAUGAGAAUAUUUGGAGCGAUUGGUAGUGGUGCCAGUAGUAUUGUGCAGAGAGCCAUACAUAUACCAACACAUAGAAUUAUAGCAUUGAAGAAAAUCAAUAUCUUUGAGAAGGAGAAAAGGCAGCAACUUCUUACUGAAAUAAGGACAUUAUGUGAAGCGCCUUGUUACCAAGGUCUUGUUGAAUUCCAUGGGGCAUUCUACACUCCAGACUCUGGACAGAUAAGCAUAGCUUUGGAGUACAUGGAUGGAGGAUCACUGGCAGAUAUCUUAGCAAUGCAUGGAAAAGUACCUGAGCCUAUUCUUUCAGCUAUGUUUCAGAAGCUUCUACAUGGGUUAAGCUAUCUGCAUGGAGUCAGACAUUUAGUCCACAGAGAUAUAAAGCCGGCUAAUUUACUUGUAAAUCUCAAGGGGGAACCAAAAAUUACUGAUUUUGGUAUCAGUGCUGGCUUAGAGAAUUCAGUGGCAAUGUGUGCUACUUUUGUUGGCACUGUGACAUACAUGUCACCUGAGAGAAUUCGAAAUGAUAGCUAUUCUUUUCCUGCUGAUAUAUGGAGCCUUGGUCUUUCUCUCCUUGAGUGUGGAACUGGAGAAUUCCCGUAUACUGCUAAUGAAGGUCCUGUAAAUCUUAUGUUGCAGAUUCUAGAAGAUCCAUCACCAUCACCAUCAAAACAUAAGUUUUCACCUGAAUUCAACUCCUUUGUUGGUGCUUGCUUACAGAAGGAUCCAGAUGACAGGCCAACAGCAGAUCAGUUGCUUCAGCACCCCUUUAUCACAAAGUAUGAGAAUGACAACGUAGAUUUAGCAGGAUUUGUACGAAGUGUUUUUGAUCCAACACAACGAAUGAAGGACUUGGCUGAUAUGUUCACAAUCCAUUAUUACUUACUAUUUGAUGGACCCGAUGAUCUCUGGCAUCAUACCAGGAGCUUGUACAAUGAAGGUUCAACUUUCAGUUUCUCUGGGAAACAAUACGUUGGUCCAAACAAUAUUUUCACAAAAAUAUCAAGUAUCCGAAGUACAUUAGUUGGUGACUGGCCUCCUGAAAAACUGGUGCAUGUAGUUGAAAAGCUUCGAUGCCGUGCCCAUGGUGAGGGCGGAGUUGCAAUUAGGGUAUCAGGAUCCUUUAUUAUUGGUAAUCAGUUCCUAAUAUGUGGAGAUGGCAUUCAAGUAGAGGGCUUACCGAACUUUAAGGAUCUUGGAAUCGAUGUUUCUAGCAGGCGAAUGGGCACAUUUCAUGAACAGUUUAUCAUAGAACCCACCAAUCUCAUUGGAUGCUACUCCAUAGCUAACCAAGAAUUGUACAUAACCCAAUAGUGGUACUGGUCUCUCUGACACUGGGAAUACUUCUCUGGUUCAAAGUCCACAUAAUAUUUGGAGCACGGCUUCCCAGCCUUGUAGAUUGUUUCAAGUUUUUAUGUAUUAAUAAUUAUCUGUAUUUAGCUACCUACAUUAUACGUUAUCAGACCACACAAAGUGGCUUUGUUGUGUAGCUAUGAUAUGAAUAAAGAAAAUUGUUAGAGAA